GAAUUCAAGCACGGUCACACUGAUCGUUAGAAAAGCGCUGGAUCAAAAGAGCGGGAAAGGUUCUUGUAAUAAUUAUAAAUAAAGUGGAUCCAUUAUGGACACUCCAACGGGCAGUGGGCGGUCAUCUGGCCGACCCACACGAAUUGCCACUCCACGGCGCUCGGAGCGCAAGCGGCAACUGUUUCGUAGCCGUGUAUCGUUGUUGGAUCAAAUCGAAGACGAUAGCGAUGUCGAGGAUUCAAUGCUGGGUUUGACGCCGCUAAAACCGCGACACCAGCGUGAAAAUUGCGUUGCUAACAAGCAACAACAAAUAAAUGUGCGAAAAUUAUUUCCCACUACGCAGGAUAAGAUAGUGAUCAUCGAUAGCAGCAGCAGUGUAAACAGUUCGCCCGAAACGAAUAAGGAAAACAAAAGGUCACAGAGGACGACACGUGGCUCGAGCACCAUAGCUUGCACGGAUGAACAGUUGCCGCAUUUAUUUACAGCCAACAUGUGCAUCAACAGUAGCAUUAGUCCGCGAUCAUCGAAAUCUCGUGGUGAUAUCAAUACCGACAGUGAUGGAGAUCGCAAAGCCACAGAAAGUGAGCUUCGUACGUCAGCAGCUGCAACGACAUCUGAAUCCUCGCCAGGCACAGACUCAACGUCGCCGGAGAGCAAGCUGCGCAAGUUAGAAAAGGAGUGCAUACCCACAGGUGCAUUUUAUUCCAAUGUCAAGUCCCGGGCAGCUUUACGCAUUGCACAGGGCAAAACAACAAGUUUGCGUCUACAGGGAACUGGCAACGGGAGGUCGGCUAGUCGACGAUCAAAGAAUAUUUCGCCCAACUCGCGCAAAACUCCAGGCAUUAACAAGGGUGUGAUGCACAAAAUUAAGAAGCGCCCCCGCCCAGUGCCAACUGUUUUGGAUGACAUUCUGGGCACUCUGCGCAACGAGAAAUUGCGAGAACUUAUCACCACCAAACGAGAGGAGCGAGCACGCGUAGAGCACGUACACGAGAUUCUGCGUAGUGCCAAGGAUCCCAUUAAAAUGGCCAAACCGUUGAGCGCCAUCAGCGAAGGUGACGCUAACAAUAAUAAUAAUCAUAACAACAAUCUGUCUGCAUUGGAUUUCUCCGAUUUUACGGAUGAUGAAGAACUAAAUGAAGCAAGUUCAUCAAUAGAGACGGAACCCGUCAUUCCACUUAUACGGCCUGUUGAUAUACCUCCACCACUGACCACAUCACCCAAGUCAUCUGAGGUUGCGAGCUUGAGCAAACGCAAGUUCUUCAAGUCGGGAAGACGCAGCAGUACUUGCAUGGAGGUGCGCAUCACCGACCACAUACGCGCCAGCGUCAAUCAGGGCAAGAUCAUGUUGGUGGAGGCGCCGCCGGUGAAAAAGCAACGUCGCGUCCAUGUGCGUUCGGCCACAAUCUUUUCCGCGGAGCAGGCUACCGUGGAUGCCAUACUGCGUAAUCUUGAUGAUACUGUAGUAGAUGAGAUUGUGGAGUCAAGCCCAGCGGCAGCUGCAGUUACACUUGUACCAGAAGAGCCAGAGCUUCUGAUUGAGGCAACAAUACCAAUACAGGAUCCAGCAAACGAUCCAUAUUUCAAGUAUCGCUCGCAAUUACCUUACAAAACUUCGGAUGCUGCUACCAUGGAACAACAGGCGCUGCUGCUCGAGUUUCUCAUCAGCAACAACAUCUGUACGGACAAGAACUUUGAGAUAUUUAUCGCUGAUCCCGACAAUCACAAGGAUGAAGCGACGCGCAUUGUCGAUCAGCUGUACAUGGUAAUUAAUGCAGAGAUGCAGGAGCUGGAUCAACCAGCAGCCAGUGUUGAAACAACUGCACUGCCAAAAUACACGGAAACUGAACCAGGUGCGCAGCAGAAAACAACGGAAGGGGAAAUGGAAACCGAAAGUGUAGAGUCAACAGCUAUCAUAGAACCAUCAGGUAAAUUGUUUCCAAUUUUUACACAACGUUUGCAACCUUUGCCACAAAAGUCGACGCGUCGCAAGUUCAAUGCGAGUGCCACACGAUUGACAGCUGCUGCCAGUGGCGCUGGACAAUAUCAAAUUGAUGCAGGACAAAAAGCAUUUGGAGCGCGACAGUGUCAGCAGUGUGGCUUAGUCUAUACCGUCCAUGAGCCAGAGGAGGAGCAGCUCCAUCGUGAAUAUCACAACGCGGUGCAUGUAAUGCGCUUUAAAGGUUGGAUCGAUGAGGACAUUGUGGCCGUCUAUCCGGAAUGGGGUGCUGAUGGACGAAUUAUACGCAUCACUGAACAAGCGCCAGCUGCGCGUCUGCAACGACUCUGCGAACUCGUUAAGGUGGUAGACAAAGAGCUGGGCUUUGCCUCGUACAUUGUACCAAAGACUUUUGUUGCUUUCUUUGCUGUGCGCAAACAACAAAUUGUCGGACUUUGCUUGGUGCAGCCAUUAGAAAAGGCAAAUCGCUUUAUACAAGUCGAUGGCGUUGACUACUUCAGCGAGGAGACAUUCGAUUCGAGCUGCGGAGUAUCCAGGAUUUGGGUGUCGCCAUUGCAUCGACGUCGGAGAAUCGCAAGCCUUCUGUUGCAGGCUGUCCAAUUGCACACGGUGCGAGGCUGUGAAAUAUCCCGUGAUAAAAUUGCAUUUAGCACCCCGACAGACGAUGGACGUGCUCUUGCCAGACAUUUUACCCAGAAUAACAAUUUUCUGGCCUAUGACCAGUGAACGGAGUUUUGCCAGUUAAAUUUGUUUUGCAGUAAAUUACAAUAUUUGUUGCUUUUAAGUUAUUAGGCGCGAUUAUGUUUUGAGCCAAUAUGUUAUAUUAAAUAUGUCUUCAAUUAGAGUUUGGUUUGAAUAUCAUUAUUAAGCGUUUGGUUUGGAUACCCCUUAAAUUAUGCAGUAGAGACUCGCUUUCUCUUUUGUGUAUUUGUAGAACAGAUAGUAUUGGACCGCUAACAAUUUAAACGUCCUAGUAAUCUUAGCAUUUAGUUUUGUGCGUAUAAUAUAUAAAUAUAAAAUACAGGCAUACAUGCGCACACAAUAAUUAAAUUAUGUAAGCAACAGAAAUAUAAUUAUUAAAAAAAAAACCGCCCAAAAGUAGGCAAAU